AUGACUGGUGAUAGCUUAGAAAAUCCCAUUUUGAAGAAUAAUGUAAUAAAAAAUGAAGAUUAUGAUGAGAAUGAUAAUGAAGAUAAUGAUGAUGACGAAGAUGUGACGUUUUUAAUAUGUGGAGGAAAUGAAGAAGGUGGCUUGAAAGACUUUUCAAAACUGAGUGAUAAAAAUAAUUCAGCAGAAGUCGACAAUUCAAUCAACUUGUCUUCAGAUAUUUUGAAAAAAGGAUUAGUAGAUUAUAGGCCAGGAAUUACAGGAACAAAUAAUGGAAAUUAUCAAAAUAUAAAUGAUCAAAAAAUGAAUGCUGUUGAACAAGGCUUACAUGCUUUAAAUGUAUCUAAUACAAUAUAUAUUGAUAAUGAAGACACUGCUACUGAGGAGAAUCCAUGCAAAGAUUUACAGAUGGUUUGGGAUAAUAAUCCAGAAUUAAGACCUUGGAGCAGAUUACUGGAUGUCUCUCCAUGGUUUAACUAUGGUUUUACAGAAAAAACGUUUAAAGAAUAUAUAAUUAGACAAUUGGGUAUUAGAUGGGAACGCAUUAAAAAACAAAACAUUGAAACAAGCGAUGACCUACUUAACAAGAGUGUAAUCGCACCGACAAUUUCAAACUCUAAUAAUGUGAAUGCAAAUUUGAAUAUGAAUAUAAAUAAUUCGAGUCCAGGCAUGCCAAAUUCUAAUAUCAAAAUUAUGGGCAACUUACCACCUCCACCUAUAACUGGUUUUCCUUCAAAUAUGAUGUAUUUUCCACCUCCACCUCCUCCACACCUAAAUCCACCAAUUCCUGGUCACCCAAAUAUCUACCAUCAACAACACAUGUUCAACAACUUCCCUCAUCAUAUUCCUCAUCAUUCACACCUACCUCCACCAAUUUCCUCUCACCAAAUUAUGCACCACCCUGGAUUACCGCCAAAUAAUAUGAAUCCGGGCGCCAAUAUUGUAUUUAAUACAAGGGGCAAAAAAAGACCUCCGGAAUGA